AGAGUGACUGUGUGUGACCACGAGCCUAAUGAACAAAGAAUGAAGAACAAAACCAAAUCAGACUGACUUCCAAGAUGCCUUCCAUCCCAACCCAGACAAAGAAAGAUGGAUGGGAAAAGAAUUGCUUUGUUACAUCCACUGACAGAGAUGUCUUCUGCCAUAUCACUGUGAUGAAAAUAAGAAGAUGAAUCAGACAGUAUGGCUGGGUCAGGAGGGUCAUUUGAUGAUCAUGAUAUAGACUUUGACCAUGAUGAUGAUCGGGGUAGCCGAUAUACCAGUGCUUCCUUCAGCAGCAGUCCAGGCAUCGAGGACGAGUAUGGAGGGGAAGUUUUCUCACCGGAGCCUGAGGGUGAGAAUAACUAUUCCAUGUCCCAUGGUAAGGAUGGCAUCCAAAGCAGAGAAGAGUCACAGGAAAUAGAGGAAUAUGGUGAUAUUGGACCGUUGACUCCCAGAGGUAAGAUCAUUGGAAAUGGAUUUGAACGGCCGAUCCAUCGUCAGUCGCUGCAAGAGUUUGAGCAUCUUGAGCAAAUCCUCAAAGACCAGUCUCAGGAUUCUGCAGAAGAUGUCCACAUGGAUGAUCGGUUGCUGAAUGGAAAGCUGAGUGGAGGGUACGAAGCUGAUCGCAGGAGUUCUGGAGAUAUGGAUUACGGAUCUGAUCAUGACUAUGAUAUCAAUGGAAGUGGCAGACUGGAAGGAGAAGAGAUUGUGCAUGAUGAUAUGAUGAAGUACAUGCAGGCAACACCAAGAAGUACUCAGGAGUUUCCUUCAGGUGAAGAACAUAGACUUUCAAGGCUGAUGGAAAACUCAUAUGACAAUGAUUCCCUGGAUGACUGUGAAGGUCAGGUCAAUCAGCAGUUUGUUCCAUCUCCUCAACUAGACUUUUUCAGCCUGAGUCAAGAGCAGCUGCCUGAAGGACCGUCUCAUCUGGAUUCAGAAGACGGCUCUGAUUUAUUUGCCAAUAGUGGAAACAACACUCUCCAGGACAAAGAAAGCCUCUCAACAGUCAUUCAAGCAGCGGCUGCAAAUGUUGAGACCUUCGGGACGGGGGACAGUCCGGAGAGUAAGAAGGAUUCCAGCGGAGGAGAUGUGGAGCACUUCAAACCUAUCUCUACCUCUUAUAGACGGCCAAGCAAACCUCAAACUGCUGCACAACUGAAAAAUAAGACAAUCUCUGAUCAGAGUUCAGCCGGUGAUCAAAACUCACAGCAAAGUAUUGAAGGUAGAAGGAGAACAAGUAGUGUCAAAUCGUUUAGAACUAGAUCUUCCAGGGCGUCAACGCCCCAAUCAGUAUUAUCACAUAGUAGGAGAAGUAGUAUGAGAAGCAUUGAUGAUCAAAGUGAAUACAGUAUUCAAGAGAGCAUAGGACAAGUGAGUCCUAGAUCAAGCACACCAGGACAUAACUCAACUCUCAUUCAUCAAGAAGAUGAGUUUAGUCCAUCCCCCGUGAAGCAUAAAAAGCAGAGUCCUCAAGAGGUCAUACCCAGGUUACGCUUGGACAACAUGUCUGCACGUAGUGACCAAAGUAGCAUUGUCUCAGACAUACAUCACUUAGACAAGAGUGCAAGAUCACGACUGGUCAGUGAUGAGUAUGUUGAUCAAUUACAGAUGGAAUAUGAUGAUCUCCUUCAGAAGUAUGCCCAAGCUGAGAACACCAUUGAUUCUCUUCGUCUAGGAGCAAGGGUUAACCUGCACUAUGAGGGCUCUCCGGUAGGCCAGCCAGGUAAUGUAGGGAUUUCCCCUGCUAAACACAGUCAGGAUAUAACAUUACCCACAGGACAAAAAGGAAUGCUAUCUUCCAGGCAAAAUAGUCUUGUACACCCCCCUGGAGUGAAUAGUGUGAUCCAUGUGCACACAUCAUCCAAUAUAAACAUGGGUGCUUCCACUUCUAGAAAGGGGGAGACUCAGAAGACCUUGCCGGAUCCAUCUGAAGGGAAGUUAUUGGCCUUACAAUUCCAGACUGAAGGUCAUAAAGAGAAGAUGGAUUCAUUUGAGAUUCUGUUACAAGAAAACCACCUCGACCCAACGGAUCAACAGAGGGGGCUAGAGGGUUUGAAAUCCGGUCAGGCCAAGCUAGAAUCAGACUACAUGCAGGCCAAGGAGGAGCACAGUAUGAAGGUCAGACUAGGGUCAGCACGAGGUCAAGAAGUGACCUUUGACCCUGAGAAGUUGGUUGAAGGUCAGUUGUUUCAGCUUGGGAUGAGACUAGAGGACAUCCAAGAAAAAGUCCAGGAGAAUCUACGUAAUAACCCACCAGAACUACCGGCCACACCCCAGAGGAAGCCAUCGGAUGCUGACGUAGCAAUGAGAGAUCCUCAUGGAAUGGUUCCAUCCAGAAGAACCAGCUCACAUUCACCAGAAGAAGAUUAUGCCUUGCUGAUUCAAAGGUAUAAUGACCUGAAGCAGUUGCCACCCCACCCUGAGAGAGACAAAGAAAUACAAAAGCUUGUCAAGAGUCUUCAGGACAUGCCACAAUUUGCUCUUAAUCAACCAAACCAUGAUGAUGAUGGUGAUUUCCAUGGUAAUGAUGUUGAGAUGCAGGAGGAGGAAGAUGAGAUUGAUUUUAUUGCUGAUGUUGAGGAUCAUGAUGGAGAUGAUGAUGGGUCUUCUAAUCAUUCCUCUCCAUUCAGAGAAACUACGUCACCUGAUGUCUUCAGACCGAAAGGAUCAAGACAGGAUAAGCUUCCAAAAUGGCAGCCCCCUGUUGACGGGAGUAACUCCUCCAUGGGAUCACCUGAUCAUGAUCCGCCAUCAUCAGUACAUUCUAGGAAGAAAAGCAUCCCUGGAAAGUCUAACAGCAAGCAUACCCCACCACGCCCAAACUCCACCCACCAAUCCUCCAACCAAAGGGGUAAUGGAGGAGGUGAUACCAGGAAACCAAGGGGUAAUAAACCCACCUUGGGUGGCCAUCUAGAACCAGAGGGUGACAGUGGGUUCCUUGGAUCAGAGAGUAGUCGGCAAUCCCUGCAAGUCAGAGGCUCGGAUACCAGCACAAGGAACAGAGCACAUAGAUUACCACCGCAUUCUGAGAAUCCUAAAUCACACCUUACAAGACAUUCCAUGAUACCUGUAAAGGGACCUCAGAUGGGGAGGAUGAAAACACCCCUGAGAAACAAUGGUUCAGUCCCUCUACGGCAAGAGCCUUUGGCUGAGGAGGAAGAUUCCAUGUAUUCUGGAGGGGUCAAACGAGCAAGAGAACUGAAGCAAGAUGUUCGUCCACAUGGUAUGCAAGAUUCUCAGAAAUCGGCCGGGAAUAGGACAAAAGAAAGACGUCCUCAAACAGUGACACCUCAUGAAAAGCAGAGAAGAGACCCUAGGUCAGAAGUUCACCAGCCCCAAAGAAUGCCAACACCCAUGAAACAGACAAAUAGGCAAGGAUAUGCUCCAACUCCUCCUGCACAGCAAAGAACAUAUCCCCAAACUGAACAGGGCACCCCUCUUGGUACCCAGUACCUGAGCCAAAGCAGAGGUAAUAAUCCGCGGGCAAACACGACGCCAGUACCUCAAAGGGUAACCCGUCAAAGGAUGGAAUCAACAAGGAGGCCAGUGGAGUCACCACCAAAGCAUCAUCAAGAAUUUGAUAAAAGGUCUGAUGUGACUAGGAGUAGUGUGAGGAGUGAAGCAUUACAAGCCCUUCAGGAUGAAGUCAAUCAGUUGAAAGCAAAGAUGGCCAAUGCAAGACAAGAUCCUAUUCCAGAGGAGACCGGGUAUUCAAGGAUGCGUAACCUGGGGGGUGAGGAUGACGAGAUGCUCUCUUCAAGGAGCUCCAAGAGUGAGAUGCUUCACAUGCUACAAGAAGAGAUUGAAGAUUUGAAAGAUCAGCUGGCAGAGAGGGAUGCCACUCCCAGCAGAAUGCCCUAUGCUUCUUCAACCCCACUAAGGGACACCAUACAUGAUGUCCUCAGCGAGAGGUAUAUCCCAAGGAGAAAUCCUUCUUUCAAUGCUUCACCAAUCCCUAAGAAAUACCAUUCUGGAGCCAGACAUUAUAAUGGAUCUACAAUAAGAACACUAUCUCAUCAUGUCAAUCCAAGUUAUUCAAGUCAGACAGGUGUCAAGUACUCCCCUACGAGCCCUCCAAGGGUUUCCAGGACACCAGGGGUGUUUCAGGUACCCAGUGGGCAGUACCAAACUGAGACAUUGCCAUGUCCAAAGUGUGGAGGGACUGGGUCUCAUACCCACAGCGAGUACACUCACCCACCUCCAUCAAACCCCGCCCCACCAGCUCAGAAUUAUGCCCCCUCAUACAGUUCACCAGCACAAUCAAUGCGGUACCACCCCCAGACAUCUUAUUCACAACCAAGUCCUACAGUUGCACCUCAAACAAUGUCAGCUGUACCGCAGCAGAAUCCAUCGAUACCAAUCUAUCAAGGACAAUCCUAUGUGCUCCCACAGCCUGCUACCUUGACACCACAGGCCACCCAGCAGGUACCCGGUAAUGUUUCCCAGGUGAUGGGAGCUGUACCGACUGCAGUACCUGUUGCACCAAUACUGAACCAGACUAGUGUACAUGGAACACCUAGUCAUUUGCGUCUUGAUGCUCGGCCAGUCUACCUGAUACCCUCUAAAAAUAGAGGGCGCUAUUACAUCAGGGAGGAUGAGGAGGAGGGAUCCAGUGAAGGAGAAGGAGAAGAAGAGUUUUAUUACAGGAGAACACCAAGAUCCACCAGGAGCAGCAGGAGACACACCUCAAGGACUGUCAAACAAAAGAAGGUCAGUGAAGUUCCUUUUGAAUUGCAACUCUCCCUUGAUGAUGCUCUGCACAUGGCACAAAGGCUGAAAAGAACAACCCGUCAGAUGGUGUCCUCGGUAAAGAGAGAUGUACACCUAGCUGAAUCCUUUAACUGAUGACAUCUGCUUGGUCAAAGACUCAAGAGAUCAACCCAUUAGAUGGUGUUCUCUGUAAGGAGAGAUGUACGUUUAGCCGAGUCCUUUAUCUGAUGACAUCUGCAUGGGUCAAAGACUCCCCAGAGCAAGCCAUCAGCUUAUGUCCUCUCUAAGAAUAACUUCUGUUUGGCCAAAUCCUCUAACCGAAGAUGACAGUGACUACUUUGGUUUCAUCCUGGAUAAAUUCCUUUUCAUGGCCCAGAGACUCUCCAAAUAAACCCAAUCAGAUGUUAGCUUAGUAAGAAGCGUCUACAGUCUGCCAAAUCCUUGUUCUGAUGACGAUGAACAAUACUCCAAGCACUCAUUAAUUACAUAAAGUCCACCUAUUUUUGCUCCACCAAAUUUGUCCCUCUAAAAUGGGACAGACCUGUAUUUGUAUUCAGCAUUUUAAUUGAUUCAAAAGCAUGUCUUAGCAGAUGUAUGAUUUGAAUUUGAUAAUCUAUUGUGUUUUUAUUGUAUAAAGACAUUCAUUUUCCGUGUGGUGCUACAAUGUGCUCUGAACAACCUUUUUUUUGCUUAAAAGCAAAGUUAUAGAAAAAUGAUCCAUUAUGGAGGAUAUCACCUUUUAAUCCAGUAAAGCUUGAAGUAUUUGUUUUUAACAUAGAUUUAAAUUUUUUGAAGAUAUUCUCAAAAGAGUUGAACUAUACUCGGUUGUCUGGCGCAGCGGUUGAAACUGUAGAGAGAGUGAAGAGUAGAUUAAAACUGUUACAAAUUUUGUACAAAAUUUUCUUGUAUUCAACUUUACAUGCAGGCAUGGUUAUUAUUAUUUUUGAUAAAGAAAUGGCAUUGUAGAUUGUACUUCAUAAAUUAUUAUUAAAUAUCAUUGACACCUUUCCAUUCUACUUCAUGAAAUAUAUGCAUUAUACGUACCUUUAAACAAAUGAUGGCCCAAAUCUUGUAAAGUAGCAACUGUUUUCAAGCAAAACAUACGCUUUCUUGAAGGACAUUUCCUUUCUCUUUCAAUGAAUAUGCUUCAUAAUAAGUUUGUACUGCCAUGUGAUCACUCUACUGUAAUAGCGUCAUGGUUUCAAUGAUUUCUAUUGUUUGGUUUGCAAGAAGUCGGUCUCCUUCUCAGAUAGUCUAAUACCACAUAACCUAAACCCAUUAGGUCUAAUUGCUUUUUGGUCUACACUGAAGUUCUACACUUGGUCUAAUACCCACUCGCUAUAGUUAUUGUUAGUUUUAUUCCAAGUUGGUCUAAUUUCCACGUGGUCUACUCAUUAUGUUUACUUUGUCAGUGACAGUUUGGUCCAUAAACAGUUCAUGUUACCAUAUAUACUAAGUGGUACUAAGUGGAUGGAGCCCAAAUGGAAAUUAGAUAAAAUGAUUCAUAGUCUAAGUGGCAAAUAGAUUGACAGGUUAUUAGACGAAUCGGUUGUAGAAAAAAUGGGAUUAAACUAUCCGGAUUCGACCCAUCCAGAAUUUCAAUUAUGGUGUGAAAUUGGAACCUAAAUUGAAUGUUUAAUCACAUAUUCAUUUACAUACUCAUGUAAGGUUUGCUAUGGAUGGAAUGAUUAAUUCUGCUCCCAAAUUUCCGUGCAAGAACUUGCUCAUUUCCUUUGAUAUGCUCCUUAGGGAAUGCAAGAAAAUAUUUGCAAUCAAUUGCAAAUUUCUGAUGCAACCUUCCAACUUUUAUGUACAUGUCAUAUCUAGAGUAAAUUGAUUUUAACUGUUUGUUACAAGAAGCACACAAGCAAUCAAAUGUAAAUUUGCAAUUGAUUGCGAGAUAUGUGAUUGAUUUUAGGAGGAUUGAUUGCAAGUUUCUUGCAAUUCCCCUUUAUUGAUUUUUCACUUCAGUUCAGUUUCAAUUCAAUUUCAAUAUAUCACUUUUUAGUACUAAACUUCUUUAGAAAUAAAAUGUUACAUCAUACUAUCCGUAAUGUACACUGUACUAGGUAAUCAUUGAAAUAAUGUAUUUAGUAUAAUAAUAUGUUAUCAUGUUGUACCCCAUGUUGACAUUUAUUCAGAGGUGCAAAACGAACAACUUUUAAUGAUCAUUUUUAUACCAAGAUAUCAAAGAACAAACAGAGGCUUUACUUGUAUAGAAUUUUUAACCAGACAUGAAUUUUUAGAAUUUUUAUUGUAUAGUGUUUUUAUACAUGCAUGUAUAAUAUAUUUUGUAGAGUUGAUUGUGAUUUUGUACUUUGAUGUGAAUUGUUAUACAUAUAGCUAGAGUGAGUCAGGUAUGAUUCAUAAUAAUAUACAUGUACAUUCACAUCAGUUUUGUUUGAUACCCACAUAACUUUGUAAAUCAUUAUCAGGGCUUAUAGAUUUAUAAAGGUGCCAAAUAUGAUUUUUGCAGCUGUAGCAACCUUCCUUUUAAAGGGGAGUUCCACCCCAACAAAAAGUUGAUUGAAUAAAAAGAGAAAAUCAGACUCACCUAACAUUGAUAAUUGUAUCAGUAUUGGAUGUAAAGUAAGAAAUUUAUGACAAAUCAAAAUUUCACCUUUUUUUUCUCAAAACAGAUAGACACCGUUCUCACUACCUUCCUAAAACUAGUUUACUGGAAACUAGUUUAAAGUGUAGUGAGAGUGGUCGAAGCAAUCUUCCAAAACGGUUCAGAAAACCACCUCACGAUGUAGUUUUCAAGAUCACUUUGCCUCGUUAAACUGGUUUUAGCAUAAGUGAGGACACAACCAUUCUUCGGGAAGCGAUCUUCGCACGUUUUGAGCGCGCUACUACACACGACAGGUGUAGAAUGCCUACGCUACGGUUUCAAAUUUUGCACAAAACGUGUAACCCCAUUGAGAGCGUCUUCAUAGCAACAAGAUCGCUUGACCUGAAGUGAUUUUGAAAACCACUUUUGUUUGAUUAAGUGGGAAUGCUAGCAAAGCAAUCUUUUAGACUGGUUUCCUGAACCAGUUUCCAGUUAACUAGUUUUAGAAAGCCUCAUGAGAACGGUGUCUUAUAUGCACGACACAUUGAUAUGAAGUCAAGCAAAGCUUGAAAAUGUUAUAACUUUCUCUUAUUUUACAUCAGAUUUUGAUAAGAUUUUCAGUCGUUAGCUUGUUUAAUUCUUCUCUUUUCAUUCAAAUCACUGCUUUGUCAAAGUGGACUUCCCCUUAAAAUGAUAAAGUGAUGCUUUAUUUCAUUUAUUUUACUCUUCAGUAUUCUUCAGUAUGAUCAGCAUUUUCAACGCAGUUUAUUUCCACCUUGAUAAUUGUUAACCACUAAUCUGACUGAUACAAACAUGAAGGUGAAUUUGUGUGUUUUGGAGUACAUACGUGCAAGUUGUGCCCUAAUUGUGCUGUCAAUCAUACCUGUUCAAACCUGAGAGAUUAGUCAACAAGAUUGUACUUGACACCAUCACAGUGUUUCUCUUUCAAAAUGAUUACAAACCAUUAUUAAACACUACCUGGGAUCUCACUCCCAUUUCUACUGAUUAUUCCCUAUUGGUUCCUGUGCUACGGAUAUUUCUUUAAUAUUUUUAAAUUCCUAUUUGUGGGCUGUGCUGUCGUUUAUGUCUUAGGAAAAAUUGGUCGACCAACAAGUCUCCCAUAAUGAACAUUAGUGGUAUAUGUAUUAUGGAACACACAAAUUGAACAUUGAUUUUCAAAGAGAGUACACAUGGGCCUGUACAUUAAGUUCCAUAUAGUCAGUAACUUAAAGUAUUUUUGUUAUAUACAGUGUAUGUCCAGUAUUGAUAAAAUACCUCUUCUUUUAUAUUUUUGAUAAGUUCACUUGUUGGAUUUGAAUUUAAUAAAAUAGUUUUUGUCAUCUGCUUUGUUUGAUUUCAUGUCAAUCACAACAAAAUCUGUCCAGUUGAUUGGUCCAAGCAAAUCAUGUGAUUCAAUACACUGGUCUUUAUGCAAAUGAGCAAAGGUUUGCACUGGAGGGUCACAUCUGGGGCCCGUUUCACAACACUUGUUUCAAUAACGGUUAUAAGCUACUGAAAACAUUCAAUUUGAUUGGCUGAUAGUAAAUUUGAGAGAAGAACUUUACAAUUUGUUAUUAUAAAAUGUCUUUGUGAAAUGGGGCCCUGAUGUUACUGUUCGUGAAAAGUGUGCCAGAUCCUAAUAUAGUUUAUAAAAUGGUUUGAUAUGUUUGGGGUUUUAGUACAUGCAUUUGUCUGUUCUGUUUGUUUUAGUUAUUAUUUUGACUAUAGCAUUCACAGCUUAUUUUAACCAUUACCACAAACUUAGCAUACCCAGCAUUGAUGUGUAAUACACUUUAUAUUCAGUUUGAUUUUAUUUUCUUGUAAAUAUUUUAAUUAUCAGUAUUUUGAUUGAUAAUGUUACAUUUUGCCAGAUUCCUAUAUACUUUGAUUUCAUGCUUUUAUUAAUAAUCAAUUUGUGUUUGUUUUUAAAGUAUGUAUUCAUUCAUUUAUCUGACCAAAUUAUUAGAUGAAUUGUUCUCAAUUUUAUAAUUCUCAAUUUCCAAUUUUAUUUUCAAAAUCAAAUCAAUCAUCUUCAACAAAUUUAUGUGAUUGUUAAAUAUAUUAGUGUGAAGUUUCAAUUAAUUUGCUUUCUCAUAUUUAGUUAUAUUUGCUCUGAAUUACCAUAUUUUAGCACUUUUUAUAUUUUUUUAUUCUCUAGAAUUGAUCUUUCAAUCAUUUUUGUUUCUAACCACAAAAAACUUUCAUUUUGGCCAUCAAACACAAUUAAUUUGUAAUUUGUUUCCGUAUAACCCCCACCCCUUGAAAAAUAAUAUGUGUAUAAUAUAUAUUUUGUAGUACUUAUUAUACUGAAAUAAAAAUAAUGUUUUGUCUCCAAAAAUAAAUUUGAUUAAUGCUGUGAAUAUGAAAGGGAAUACAAAUUCCCCACUUGAUUUGGACAAUGUUUUAUAUUGGAAUUAUUAAAAAAUAAAUAAACUGCCUUGAGCAAGAAAAUGCCAAAGCAAUCAAAGAUCUUUACCCCCACCCCCCCCCCCCAAUCACUACACUUUCAUAUUGAAUUAUUGGAGAUCUAUUUAUUCCUUUUAGGGCAUGAAAUGAUUUAAUAAGUAUUCAAAUAUAGAUUCAGAAGUUAUAUGUUAUUCCUUCAUUUUAAUUAGAAACAUUCCAGCACCUUGAAAUAUUGUUUAUUUCUUUUUAUGUUCUUGUACAUAAGGGAGUAUAAAUGUAUGUAAUGUAGAAAACUCUCACUCUUCAACAACAACAAAAAUGAAUAUAAUCAUUGCCGAGAUGGGUAAACAAACAGGUAUAAGCAUAUUUUAAAUGAUUUUUCUCAUUGUUUACAAGUGUUCCAUUUUGUAGCACACUAUUUUCAUUGUAUUGGCGUAUAUUCUGUAUUUUGUGUGUUUGGUUAAUUUGUUUUCUUUGCAAUGUAAUGUGUGUUUUUUCGUGCUUGCCUAAUAUGGAUCCUGCAAUCUAUGAAUAAACAAAAAUGACCUUGAAAACUA